CAAGUUUUUGCGCAAAAGCGGUAGCUUUUGCAGAACAACUUGCUAGUCUAGACGCAGCCUCAGUGUUUUCUUAAACACACAAACAUGCAGACUGCAGAGUUUGUGGUUUGUGCCCAUUUAUGCCUACAAAAAGAAGAUCACCCUUUUCAAAAUGUCUGAAGACUGAUUGUCUUUUGUGCAGGUAUUUACUACCACGUGAAAACCUUCCUCUCCAGGGACACUGCAGGAAAGGCCAUUGGCAACCACUAGCAACCAAUCUACUUCAAAAGCCAAGGAAAACAUAACUCAACUGGCUCCCGUGAUUCAGCCAUGAGAGACGUAAUGUCCCUGGUUCUGAGGAGCUGGCAGCUGUGGUUUGAGCGUAGAGCAGAGAGAAAGCUCUACGCAUUAGACAGGUUCCUAUGGGACACAGAGAGGAAAAGGUGUGAAUUCGCAGUGACUCAAAUUACUUCUCAGCUCUAGAAGUGACACAUCGCUUUACCUGAAACCUAGGACUCUUUCCGAAACUAAAUCAGUUCCUUCUGAACAAGUAACUUGUAACUUCCACUGCCCUGGUUUUUCCUCCUGGCUUGCAUAACUAGAGACUUUACAGCCUAUGAGAUAGUGUAUUGUCAUCUGAAUAUUUGCAUGGUCUGAGGUCCUCACCUACCUCAUUUAAAUUGUAAUUGGUUUGCACAAGAGAGACCCGCCCAAAAUUUUCUCUAUAAAUGGUGUUUCAAGCACAGCUUCAAGCCUCAUCAUACAAGAUUGGCCAGAGUACCGGACGCGAGUGGCAGAAUAGCAAGAAACCAUGGCUGGUCUACAAUUAAUCAAGAUCGACUGGCAGAAAGAAGCAAAUCGGCGCAAACACCAUACCAACGAAUACGACAGCACAGACCUCAUUGUGAGGAGAGAACAGCCCUUCUCCAUCACAGCGACCUGCAACAGAGCACUGAAGUCUGGAGAGAGCUUCAAGUUCACUGCAGAGACAGGGCCAAAACCAUCACUGAAAGCUAAGACCCAGGCUGUAUUCAGCAUCUCCAGCACAGCAAGCAAUGGUACCUGGAGCGCAGUCCAACAAUCCACCGAGUCCAGCUCCGUCACCAUCUCUAUUUACUGUCCAGCCAAUGCUGCCAUCGGACGCUACAAACUGAGCGUGCAGCCUACCUCAGGGGGAAAUGCCUCCCAGGGGAUCGUCGGAACUUUUGUUCUACUCUAUAACCCCUGGUCUCAAGGAGAUGAUGUGUUUAUGCCUAACAAUGCUGAACGCCAAGAGUACGUGAUGGAAGAGUUUGGGAUGGUUUUUACAGGCAACGCAAACCGCAUUAACAGUUCUGGUUGGAACUAUGGCCAGUUUCAAGAAGGCAUUCUGGAUAUUUGCCUCGCCUCGCUGGAUAAAAGCCUAAACUACCGUAGAGACCCUGCCACCGAUGUGUCUCGCAGAAAUGAUCCCAAGUACGUGGGCCGUGUGCUCAGUGCCAUGGUAAACAGUAAUGAUGAUAAUGGGGUGCUGGAGGGAAACUGGAGUGGAGAUUACCGUGGCGGAACAAGUCCCAGCAGCUGGAACGGAAGCGUUGAAAUCCUGAAAAAGUGGAACGCUGCGGGAUUUAAACCUGUCAAAUACGGACAAUGCUGGGUUUUUGCAUCAGUGCUGACCACAGUGCUCAGAUGUCUGGGGAUUCCUACUCGUAUGAUUUCAAAUUUCAACUCUGCCCAUGAUGCCGAUAAAAACCUGAGUGUGGAUGAAUAUUAUGAUGAAUCUGGAAAUCCUCUGAGAAUGGGAGGUGACAGCGUCUGGAAUUUCCAUGUCUGGAAUGAAAGCUGGUUUACCCGAAAGGACCUCGGAUCCUCCUACAACGGAUGGCAAAUUCUGGAUGCGACCCCCCAGGAGAGAAGCGCAGGGGUAUUCCAGUGUGGUCCUGCCUCACUUACGGCCAUCAAAGAAGGAGAUGUAGACCUGGACUAUGACGCUCCAUUUAUAUUUGCUGAGGUGAAUGCAGACCGGAUCACCUGGUCGUACAACACCAGUACUACAGAAAAAAAACGCAUCUAUUCCUACACCAAGUCAAUUGGCCAUUCCAUCAGCACCAAGGCAGUAGGCAGUUACGACCGUGUAGAUGUCACUAAUGAUUACAAAUAUGAAGAAGGCUCUGAGAAGGAAAGAGAGGUGUAUCAAAAGGCUGUCGGAAAGCUGCAUGUAGGACGUGGUUUUGCUGGCAGAUCCAUGAAGCAUGAAGAGAUUGUUCCAAAUCCUGAAAUCUCUGGGAAGUUCGAGGUGGAUGGAGCCUUCAAGGUUGGCAAAGAUGUCAAACUAACCUUGCUUCUCAGUAAUUUGACCUCUGAGGCUAAGAAUAUAAAGGUAAAUAUGACUGCUUGGACCACUGUGUACACCAGGAAGCCAAUUCAUGAGGUGUGGAAGGACUCCGUAUCAGCUACUCUUGCUUCUAAAGAAGAGAAACGGUUUCCCAUUAAGAUAGCGUAUGCCGAGUACCAGCAACAUUUAACUAGCGACAACAUGCUGCGAGUGAUUGCUCUGUGUCAAGAAGAAAAUGGGAUUGAAGUGGUGGUGGAAAGGAACAUUGUUCUGGAGAACCCUGAGCUUCUCAUACAGGUGGUCGGUGAUGCCAAGGUGAAUGAACCAGUGAAUGUGGAAGUGAUAUUUACCAAUCCUCUCGACCAAGAGGUGAAAGACUGCACCCUGCAGGCAGAAGGCAGCGACCUGCUGAAAGGAAAGCUCAAGAUAGAAAUGCCCCCACUAAAGCCCAAGCAGAGCUCCAAAGUGCCGUUUGAGAUCUUUCCCACCAAGACUGGAACCAAGCAGCUGCUCGUUAAUUUCUCCAGUGACAAGUUUACGGGUGUCAAAGCCUUUGAGACCAUAAAUGUGGCCAACUGAUUGUAGAUGUGCAGUGGUCAGUUUGGCUGUGUAAUCUUGAGAGAAAUCAUGCAAGAAAGCUCCUAUCUUCUAUGAACAAUCAGUGACCCAUCCAUUUCUGUGACAGAAACAAAAGCCACAGCCUGUCUGACAAGAAUGAUCCUGUUGCAUAGUUAUACAUUCCAACAAACAAUGAGGCAGGGAUUCUACAUAGUAGUAUAAAUGUUCAUAUUUUAAAUAUACUGUCUGAA